AUGUCUGGACAGGACGACUUCGAUACUCCCCUGACAACCAACUUCGUGGACGCAUCCGAUAAUCUUGGUGGACCAACCAGUCAGUCUCGGGACGACAGGGAUGAAAAGGAGCAGAUACAGAUUUUCCAAGAUUACGGGUUCUACGUGGCGCACGAUGACGGGCAGCAAGAACUUGAGCGCAUGAUUGUAAAUCAUGGCGGAACGGUACUUUCAGAACUUCCUUCUGGCACUUCCAGCAAAGAAUUUGUGGUUUCGACUUCAAAUACAACGGAUUUGCCAACACUCUAUCCGGACUACAUCUCAAACUGCAGUAAACACAAUGUGCUACUGAGACUCAACAGUUAUAUUGUUCCCUUUGCCGGUUUCCACGCAGACACGCAAAACGGGCGCGAACCGGUCGAUCAAUCAGACUUCUCGGGUGAAAGUUCUAAAGCACAGAAUAAAUUGUCCACUGAUAAGCAAGGGAUCGACCUAUCAAAUUUUGGCGACAAAACGAGCUCAUCACAGGCUGCUGGGCCCUCUCUUGAGGAGGAGCACCCCCAGCGAGAAGGUGCAACACAACGGGCGGAUCAGACUCCAGGUUCAGGUACUCAAGCUCAUGCCGGGCCCGUCACUGUAACUGAUCAAAGUACCGAGGCAGCUGAGACGUCAGAAGGCGUAGAGAAAAUCGACAGGACGCCCAAAGACGAACCUGCCAAGGAACCUUAUGUCGCAGCACACAGUAAGGCCAACUUUACCAUUGAGGAAGAUAACUUCAUCCUAGACGUGGUUCGUAAAAAUCCCUCUCGGAGAACAACCCACACUCUCUUUGAUGAAAUUUCGAGGUUCGUUCCAGCACACACUGGGAAUUCGAUAAGACACCGCUACCGCGUAUAUCUCGCCAAAAAGCUUGAUUUUGUCUACGAGGUUGAUAACCAGGGCAGACUUGUUAGAGACGGGAAUGGUGAUUUGAUAAAGACAACAGUCUUACCAAAAGCUUUGAAAAAAAAAUUUGUGGCCGAAGAGGACUACGAUCUUGCUGUCAGCAUCAAGCGUCAAUUUUAUCAAGAUGUAUAUCAGACAGAUCCAGACACUCGCAAGUCUUUGAUCAGUGAAGACGAUGCUCCCAACGAGGCCGCCAGGAGAACGCUUACAAUGGAUACCAAUGUGAAACCUGGCACAGAGCCGAGCCUUGAAGAUUUUAGGGUCGGUGAAAGGAGAGGACCUGUCCCACGGGAGUUUUUCAAACUUUUUGCUCAAAAUCAUCCCACUCAUACAGAAAAUGCUUGGCGCGAUAGAUUCAGGAAGUUCCUCUUAUCGUAUGGGAUUGACAAAUAUAUUGAGUACUACAGACACGAACUAGCUCAAGAACGCACUCCUGAAGCUAUGAAAAACUUUACAAAUAGGCCAAAGCGUACUGGUGUACGGACUCCGGGCAAUUAUAGCGGAUUGCCUAAGAAGCAGAAAACUUCCACGGAGGAGGAAUCCUCGCAAUCUUUGUCCCAGAGAGCUCAACAAGCUGCAGCUUUGGUGGCAGCAAGCGGAAGGCCUAUAGAUCCUAAUUCGGCUACAAUGGGGGUGGGAGACAUGGAUCUACUGGACGAAGAGACUUUGAACUUUAUAUCUGGAUUGAGGCGCGAUUUGUCUAAAAUUGAGUCUGCUGGGGGGACCGCCUUUGAAUAUCCGCAGGAAAUAGCAGAAUCUAUCCGCAAUGAUUUUGCAGGUGAGGAAACAAGGUUUGAUAAUAUUGAUCCAGACACAAUCGCAUUUCCACCGCCGAUUGCAUCAAGCGAUCUUUUCGUGCCCCAGUUUUUUGCAUUCAAGUCAGCGACGGAGUUCUUCAAUAAGAUCAAUGAUAUAAUUUCGCGAGACUAUGAAGCUUCUCAAGCAGAAAAGCUUGUCCAAGAUCUAUGCGAAGAGGCGGGUGUACGAAAAACUUUCAGCACUGGGAUAUUAACUGCGUUAUCUGGCGAUUUAAUGGUAUUCCCUCGCUACUUCCUGUGUAUGUUCAGCAUGAACGCCAAUCCACCAUUGAACGUACCCGGUAUUUGGACUCGGGACGAUGAUGAGAUACUCAAAGAAGCUAAUGAAGAUGGUCUUAAAAGAUUAACCGAAAAACACGGUAUGGGCAGAAUUGAGAUGCGCAGACGAUUCAUCGCAAGUGAGCUCGUAUAA